AGAGAAGACUUCCUUUCCUCUCUGAUCUCCUAUUCGAAAAGCAUACACUGUCACAGCAUUGCACUUUCCUUCGACACCAGCGUCCUUCGCACUGCCAGCCACCAACACUAAGCGAUCGCCUACUCCUCAGACCUCACUUCGUCGACGAACUUGCAAUAGAAACAUACAACGAACCAUGCCCAUCCAACCCGACAACCCCGAACCCGCCCACGCCUCGCUCGACUCGAUGCUGUCCCGUAAAUUCGGCAAAGAAGUCGCGAAUUACUUCUCUGGCUCGCCUCUUAACCGAGUCGGCUUCCUCCGCGGCGACCACAAAUUCCUCUCCCAAGCCCUCCGCCACCCCUCCACCACCUUCCUCCUCUGCAACGACCUCCAACCUCUCGUCCAACCCAACACCACCCCCGGCGCGGGUAAACUCGCCUGGGUGAAAUACGACGAUGUCAAGUCCAUUAUCGGGUCCGACCCGUUCGCCACGACGGAGAAGGAGAUGAUUGAAGCCUACAACAGCUCGACGUAUGUUCCGCAGAUGGUAUUUUUGGGUAUUGACGAGGCGAGAAAAGACGGACUGGCGUAUCAGGGGAAGAAUCUGUAUACGGGGGCGCCGUAUUUUGCGGUGGAUGUCACGCCGAGGGAGGAGACGUUGAGGGAGGCUUGUGAGGGACUCAUUGAGAGGUUGAAGGGGGAGGGGUUGGAGUUUAGUAAGGGACGGGUUAUGGAUGUUGUUGCUAGUGAUGCGGCCAUCUACGCCGAAGCCCGCCAACUCCUCGACUGGAACCUCCGCAACCCCUUCUGCGCCGCCUGCGGCCACCGCACCCUCUCCAUCAACGCGGGUUUCAAACGCACUUGCCCCCCAAAAGACGCUUCCACCCCCGACUCCUCUCGCCCUUCCUGCGUCACCCGCCACGGCAUCUCCAACCUCUGCUUCCCCCGCACCGACCCCACAGUAAUCAUGGCGGUCGUCAACGCCGCCGGCGACAAACUCCUCCUCGGCCGCCAAAAACGCUGGCCACCAUAUUGGUACUCCACCCUCGCGGGAUUCGCCGAACCAGCCGAAUCCAUCGAGGAAGCCGUGCGGCGGGAAGUCUACGAGGAGUCGGGUAUCCUCGUCGGUAGGGUUGUGAUUCAUAGUACCCAACCAUGGCCGUAUCCGGCGAAUCUGAUGAUUGGCGCGAUUGGACAGGCGAUUGGAGGGGAGGGGGAGAGGAUUGAUUUGGGGAAUGAUCCGGAACUGGACGAUGCGAAGUGGUUCGCUUUCGAUGAAGUCAGAGAAGCACUCAGAGUUGGCACUUCAGGGCUGGGCGAGGACGCGGGCGAGGGGUACAAUGAAGGCGGACUCAGGUUACCGCCGAAUACGGCGAUUGCGAAUCAGCUGAUGACGGCCGUGUGCAACGGUUUCGCAUCCGGAGAGAUGAAGCUUUGA